AUGUCUGAAAAACGUAAACGUGUUGUUUUAGGACUUAAUCAAAAACUUGAAAUUAUAAAACGCUUAAGAAAGGGCGAAACUGCGGCAAGUGUAGCGCUGAUUUAUGGUAUUGUAAGAACAACAGUUAACGAUAUAAAACGUGAUGCUGAUAAAAUAGAACAACAUGUUUUGCUCUCAUCUGAUGAAUCAACAUCUGUAAAACAAUUUUGGAGGUCUUACAGUAUUAAAGAUGUCAUUUUCAAUGUUGCCAGUGCAUGGAGUGAUUUGUCAGUGUCAAAUCUCAAGAACGGCUGGAAUAAACUUUGGCCUCAACCUAGAGGUAAAGAAUCGGAGGAACCUGAGUGUGUGACAGUUGACGAGAUAGUCAAUUUGUGCAAUAAUUUACAAAUCAGCACAAAUUUGACGUCAGAAGAAGUAUCAGAGUGGUUAGAGUGUGACAAAGUGGAUGGGGGUUUUCAAAUUUUGAGUGAUGACGAAAUUGUUGCCAGCAUAAGUGCCACCAAAGAAGAAGAAGAAGAAGAAGAAGAAGGGGCUGAUGAAGACGAGUGUUCAAACCAUGAAGAAAAACACACUAUUAGCUAUUCAGAGGCCAAAACAAUGCUGUCCAAGUGUACAGAAUGGUUUGAAAGUCAAGAAGAAGGUAAUGCAACGCAGGCACUACUGCUCCGAAAAAUACGAAAUAUUGCCACGGUUAAAGCUCAAACAUCAAAAAGGCAGAAGAAAUUGACUGACUAUUUCGAAGCUAGAUAA